AUGAUGCUUGACAUUCUCACUAAAGAGAAAGUUUUAUUAAAACUAUUCAUCAGUUUACUAGAAACACAUUUAUUUAUUUAUUUUGAGUUAACAAUAUAGUAUAUACAUACAUUGUAUAUAUAUUGAGUGUUCAAAUUUUCUUUGGACAAAAAACUAUAGAAUAAUACACUGGUACCAAUUUAACAAAUGCAAUAUUUUCAAACGCACAUCUAGGGUUUCACAUAAAAUGGAAUGUUAUGAUACAAUUGUUUUUUUUACUAGGGCCGUACUUACAAAGUUUUAGUGUCUGGCAUCAGUAUCGGUAUGUAGAUAAAAAGAUCUUGACUUCAGAGUUUAAACUAAAGAUCAAGUCCUGAAUCUGUUUUAACUUACUUUUGUACUUCUUACCAAUUAAGGUUCAUGCAUGCCAUCCUGUGUGCCCGUUACAUCUAUAUAUAAUCACCAAAUUAUUAUUGGUUUACGAGACACAAGACUGAGUGUAUCUUCCCAGUAAAUGGAUGCUUCAUGUUGAAACCGAUGCCAAGAUAACCAGAACUCACCAACCGUAAACUAGACGACCACUACACCACUAUGUUCUUUGUUUCAAUUUAUUUUCAUGCUUAUAUUAUACAGGGCUUCUAGAUUAUGGUUAGUGAUAUACAAUUUUGGGCUAGUAAAUAACUACUAUUGCCAUGCCACUGAUGCCAGACAUCUUUUUAAAUAUGAAUAUCCUGCCCGCGCCCACAUCUUAGUGUUUUUAAGCUCUAUAUUCCUCCUUAGGUGACAUAUCGGAGUAUUACUAUUAGUAAAAUUGUAUCAACUUAAAAGUAAACUAGGGCCAAUUCAUUUUUAAUCGUGGCUAGUAAAUUUCUAAAAUCACUGAUCCCAUGGCUAGUGGAUUUGUACAACUUCUAGAAGCCCUGUUAUAUCCACAUAAGUUCAAGCACAAUAUCCUGGGUACACACAUCUAGAGGUUACUUGGGCAGUACAUGGGGUAAUCCUAGAAUGAGGACUCUGAACCUUCCAAUGCUUAACCAUUGAGGCUGGGUAGGAGCUUAUCCUGGGAUGAGAACUCAGUACCUUCCAGUCUUGAGCACUAUACCAUUAAGGUUGGUAAUAGUGGUAUUUUAUUAUUUGUUUGUACAGUGGCAUUAUUAACUAUUCACUCAGUCCAGACUCUAAAAGGUUUUAUACGGGCUGUUUGUGACGAUCAAAAAUAUAAUAAUUCUGAAAUGAGCAUGAAAAAAACAAACUGUAGAAAUUUCACACAAACAAUCCUAUUAAACACACUAUUUUGAAAAACAAAAUUCCAAUUCUAUAAUGAAUCAAAAAAAAAAAAAACCCUAUAAAACCCAUUAUGAUAUGGUGUCAUUUAUCUGGCUUCAACCAAUGUAAAUUAUUGUUUUCUUAAAACAGUGAUAAACAUGUUACACUUAUAUCAUUAUUACAGAGUAAAACUAUCUAUAACUAGUCAUUAUGCCAAAUAAUUGGUGCUGUGUGUGUGUGGAUGUGGAGUGUGUGUGUGUAUUAUACCUCCAUACGUGUGUUCGUACAACCGUGUCAGUUAAAAAUAUGAGUCAUCACAAUUUAGCACACACAAAAUAAUGUCUUGUGGUUUUAAAAAGUUGGCAUUUACGGCUCGUUAUUUUAAUACACUUCAUUGGUAAUGUUUUGAACCCAAAAUUUUGGUUUUUAAAAAUUUACCUUGCAUGUGAAUAAAAUACUAGUACCAUGUUAACAGUGUAUAAAGUGUUUACAUUGUUUUAUAUACAUGUACAUGUACAGAUACCAAAAAUAAAGAGACUUUUAGACGAAAAAAAAAAGCUGAGGUAGGGAAUAGAAUAACAAACUUUGUACCUGUUCAAUAUCAAAUUUAUGUACCUCAUGAAAAUAAUGUUCAAAUAUUACUUCACAUAAAUUCGAUAAUAACUUGUUUAUUGUUCUUUUUGGAAUAAAUGCAUUCACCAUUAGUGUUCAUCUCCCAGUACACCAUCCAUUGUUAAACAGCAUUAGACACUUGUUAAAAUGCCUUUCAAGUCAUUUGAAAUAAAUGAAUAGUAACACACAUUAAAUUGGCAAGAAGAGGGAGAGUUAUUUAUUGAUUUAACGGACUGCUUCUACACGUAUUUCAAACGAUUCACAAUUGUUGGUUUUGUAAAGCUUGUAGUUUGUAUAAUAUUGAUAUUUUGUUAACAAACAGGCAGUUUUCAAACAUGAUUUACAAAACCUCCCAUAACUACUAACAUACAAAUGCAUUCUUAUAAAGACAAUACAAACAAUACAUAAUUACCGGUAUGAGAUUUGUACAAAAAUGUACAUAACAAACACACACAAACACCUGGAGCUGUACAGUACUACUUAUAACACUGUACUUCAUGGUCACAGGCACAUGUGCGGGGGUGGGGCGGAGUGGAGGAGGGUGGAGGGUAGUUUCAGAGAUUCAAAAGCCUCCCUAUACCCAGCAAAUUUUGCUCUUUUUAAACAAAUAUAUUUUCUGGUAAGGCCUCUGAACCACCCCUAAAAACUUUGCUCGCCACAGUCUAGACCCCCUCCCCCCCCCCCCCCCCCAACACAAGUGCCCAAAUCAGCAUGUAUCACCAUAAUACUAAAACAAUUCAUAGUUAAAAAUUAAUAACAAGGACAAAUUUAAUGCCGAGUUUUUCUUUCUUAAUAUACGAUUUACAAAAACACAAUCAACAAAACCUUCUUUAACAGCCCCAGAAAAGUGUUAAGAAAAAACAAUCUGCAAAAUGUGCAAGUAAUUGUAAACUGGCACAAACAUAACACAUUCGUAUAUCUAACAUUCAAACCAUUGGCAUAGCCAGGAUUUAAUAUUGAGGGUGAGGGACAUCCAGACGAUCUAUAAAUCAUGUUACGGGGCAACAGGAAAAUAUAAAAAGAUGGUGCAAAAGAGAAGAAAAAAAAGAUCUAUGUGUGAUUGGGAGGGAGGGAGGAGGGUAUGGCCCCCAUGACCCAACCCUUUUGGCUAUACCAAUGAUUCAAACUUUGGAGGUGGUAAUGCAUGUAAAAAGACAAAAUCCAUUUCUGGCUUCUUACAAUAUCAGAGCUAAAAGAAGUGUCCUGCUAGAAGUGAAAAGCAGCCAAUUUUCUUUAGAUCUAGCCAGUGAAAUAACAAUUCACCUGCUAAAUUUACACCAAAAAAAUCACAGGUAGGUCAUUUUUCAAAAGACAGAUAUAACAUGCAUCACUGUAUGAUCACCUUAUCUUCUAUUUAGCCGACGCAGAACUUGUGAUUCUGUUAUUAUCAUUUUAAUUUUAUAAUGGUGUAAAAUUCCUCUCAAAGGUCCUACUGUUCCACACACUGUCCCAAACCCUCCAUUCACCUCGUGCUGUCUUAUUUACAGCAGGCCAUAUUUCUUCUUAGCAGGCCAUAUUUCUUUGGCCUGAAUUAACAAUAAUAAUAAUAACAGCAGGCCAUAUUUUAUUAUUGUACUUCCUAUUUCGAGCCUGCAAUUAGAUGGCCAUAUACACACUGACAUUAACAUUGUAUUUAGUGAGAAUAAUUUAUCAGUAAAGAACUUCUUAGUGGUAAAUAAACUGAAAACAAAAGAAACAUGAAUACUAUUUCGAGCCUGCAAUUACACACUAUCAAGCCUGGAAAUAAGUGUCCGGUCACGGUCAUUGUCCGGUACGUAUUUGUGAUUUGUCACGAUUUGACAGUCGCGUAUUUAAUAUUAGCGGUCAUCUUGUCCGGCACAAAAACUGCUAUUUUUAUUUUGUCUUAGCCGAUUUCUCUAUAUUUUGAGAAAAAAAAGAGAGGCAUAUUUUGAAUAUUUUCCGACUAGUGUGCACGUGCACGAAGCUUACAUUAGUUUUUAUGGUAACUAAAUACAAACGAGAAGGCAUUUACGUUUUCCACGAGAAAAAACAACACACAAAUUGUUUUUGUCUAUUAAUAGACACGCCUAAUGACCUCACCUCGGCGAAUCAUUGGUUCAAUGGUUGACACAAACGGCGUGAUAAUUAUAAGCGUCUUUUAGCACUAAAGUUUACCUUUAAAAUUAACUGACAAUUAAUUGAUUCCGAUUAUAAUUAUUUAAUGGAAUGUUAUUGUACCUCUAAAACGGAACGGUCACACAUCGGUCAUUAUUAAUAUUAUUUUGGGGGAAGAGACACCUCAACCGAUUACUACAGCUGGUGUCUAUUAAUAGAGCGGGGCCGCGUUGCACACCAAAAAACCCACUGUGAACGCUACGCAUUUCUGCUCAACUAUGCACAACGAAUAGAUCUGCACGCAAACAUAUUUAAAUACAAGGAAGAAAACACCCAAACGUACUACUAAAAAAAUUUAUAACUUUUAUUUCCUUGACGAAUUGGCAGAAAUCGCGUCUCGCGAAAUAUGUCUGCUGCACUUACGCUGCUUAUACGGAACGCGGGUCCGAUCAGAAAAUCGUUAAUCGGCAAAUGUGUUCCGAGUGACCCGAAUAGCCGACAGCACGAUAAGAGGGUCUACAAACAUGCGCUUAUCAAAUGCUAGACACCAUUCUUCAACAAACUACCAUAAACAUGCAUACAAACUUUACGUCAAGGACAUGAACGCUAGGGGUGAAUGUGUUGAACAUCUUCACAAUGUAUUUGAACCAGACCCCCAACAACAAACGCUUGGUGACAGCUUUUGUAGUAUGACUAAAGUACAAGAACUUCAACAAAUAAAAAAAAUUGAAAUAGCAUAUUUUAUUGCCAAAAAAGAGCUCCCAUUCUCGGUGUAUGAAGAUUUGAUUAAACUGGAAACUUACCAUGGUGUAGAUAUAGGUGAUCAAGCUUACACUAACCAUAAACAAUGUGCAGAAUUUGUGGACAUUCAUGGACAGUUUAUAGCAUCAAAGCUGCAUGAUGAUCUUUCAAAAGCCAAAUUCUAUAGUGUUUUAACAGAUGGGAGCACAGACAAGUCUGUUACAGAAAAGGAAGUUGUAUAUGUACUGUAUUUUGAUCCUUAUUCUAAAAAUGAUGAAAUUGAAGUGAAGCUUUCAUUUCUUUACCUAAAAGAUGUCAAAAAGGGAGAUGCACCUGGAAUACUUGGUGCAAUUGAGGAGAGUUUUCACUCAAUGGGUAUCAUGCCAAGUGAACUUUAUUCAAAGCUUAUUGGUUUUGGUGCUGAUGGUGCAUCAGUCAACAGUGGUAAUAAAAGUGGAGUAAAAGCACUUCUGGAACAAAAAGCACCAUGGCUAAUAUAUACAUGGUGUGUGGCUCACAAAUUAGAAUUGGCCCUGAAAGAUGCCUUAAAUACUACCGUAUUUCAAAAGGUGGACAAUAUGCUGCUGAGGUUGUAUUACCUUUACCAUAAAUCUCCCAAAAAACUACAGGAACUGAAAACUUUGCACAAUUUAGUCAAAGAUACAUUUGAAUUUGAAGAGGGCUCUCUGAAACCAAAACGUGCUUGUGGUACAAGGUGGAUUUCUUUCAAGUUGUCAGCACUGCGGAUGGUCCUGGAUAAAUAUGGUGUUUACAUGCAACAUCUACAGCACUUAGCUGGUGACAAAAAAUGUAAAGAUCAUAAAAAGAUAUGUGGUUAUCUGUGUGAGUGGAAUUCUAGUCGCAUGCUUUUGUAUGUUGCAUUCUUUAUUGAUGUCCUGAACCCAGCAGCUAUAUUGUCCAAAGCAUUUCAAGAAGAUGUUAUUGACAGUGUUGGAGUUCUACAUAAUAUCAAGUGUUCUGAAGAAUCUCUUGAUCAAUUGUUAACUAGGUCUUUUGAGGAUCUUCCUGCUGUUAAAUUUCUGUUUGGAAAGUUACAAAAGACUGAUUCAGUGUACACUUAUCAGGGGAUAGAAUUCACUAAAACAAGUUUUCUGAAGGCCACUGAAGAUGUAAAAUCAGCAAAGAAUACCAUUAUAAAUGCUGUACACUGUGCCAUGGAUUCCAGACUAAAGGGUGCCAGCAGUAUACAGCUGAAUAAUGUUGCCACUAUAUUAAACACUGAACACUGGAAAUCAAAUGUUGAUGUGGCAGGUGUAGACUUUACGGAUGUCAAUGUUACUGAACUGAUAGAGAACUUUCAGCCUGUAUUGCUGAAACAAGGAUUUUCUCCAGAUGCCUCUCCUCAAAAUAUUCUAGAGGAAUGGCACGACAUGGUCAGGUACACACUGGACUUUUUACAGCCACAUAAAAGUUGUUACAAAAAAACCUGGAAAAUUUUGUUUAACUGCUCUAAGUCCACUAAGUGGAAGAAUAUACUGACUUUCAUUGAACUUUUGUUUUCUGUACCAGUUUGUAAUGCAAAACUUGAGAGAAUGUUUUCUCGCUUAAAAAGAACAAAGAGUCAUAGCAGGUGUUCUUUAGGUGAGGACAGGUUAACAAAUAUCCUACGAAUUGUUGAGGAAGGUCCCCCACUGGGAUCAUUUGAUGUAAGCCCUGUAGUUCAUCUGUGGAACCAGGUGAAAAGGAGGAGACCAAAUCAGAAGAAAAGGCAAAUGUACAAAAAGAGACCCCCAAAAGUAAAAUACCAGAAACUAGAAACUGAAAGAAAGGAGAUUAGUGGAUCUGAUUCGGAGUCUGGUGACACAAGUGAAAGUUUUAGUGAUAAUGAAAAUGUAUUCUGUUUAUCUGACAGUAGUGACAGUUCAACAUUUGAAGGUUUCCUGCCUACGGAUAUAUAACAUGAACGAUAUCAUAAACUAGAAACCGAAAUCAGAUACAAGUCAAAGUUAUGCUGACAACAUUGUUUCUUAUCUGAUUCUGACAACAGUGGCUGCUUAAGAUUUGAAGGUUUCUUACCAAAGUGAUAUUGGCAGUUGUUGAUCUGAAUACAAUAACAAUGACCAUAUAAGUAAUUUAUCAGUCAUACUAUAAUUUCAUGCAUUUAUUAAUAUUACAGGAUUAAUAAAAGAUAAAUAACAUUC